AUAAAAACAAAACAUACUUUUUUCAAAGGGCGAGUAAUAGAAAUAAACAGAAAAACGUGGGUCUUUUUAAUAUCCCGAAAAAUGGCAAUUACCGGUACAAUUCAUCGUGCUGGUAGCUUAAAACAGACGAACAAGUCUCAUAAACAUGGACAGCAUAGAUCGAAACGAGAACUUGAUACUGAAAAUAAAGGUCGAGUUCCAGUGAAAACUUCAACAAAAAGGAACAACAAGGUAAUGAGACGUGAGGAUCGUCGUUUACAACAGCAUCAGUUGAGAAAGAAUAAGAGAGAUGAAGCAAUUGAUAAGAAGAGAAAACUUGGUGGAUUAACAAAAUCAGCUCCGUUCUUGACAUGUUUUGUUGCUCUUAAUGAGCUUGUAGAUGUUGAUUCUGCAUUAGCUAUAAUUGAGAGUUGCGAAGAGGAUGCAGUUCUUGACAAAACAAAUCCAUUAAUAACAUACAUGAAAUCGUUAAGAUUAAAGCAACGAUUCUCAUUUGUCAAGUCAAAAUGUGGAAUUGGAAAUGAAAUGAAGGCACUGGAUUACUUGAAAGUAUGUGACAGCACUGUGUUGGUAAUAUCAGCACAAUCAGAAGAUGUUGUAGAUAAAGUUGGUGAUAAAUUUUUGAAUUUCGCGAUUGCUCAGGGAAUUCCAACACCAAUUGUAGCACUUAUGGAUUUAGAAUCAGUUAAUCCAAAGAAACGGAGUCAAGUAAAGAUGGAUAUACAGAAGAGAAUGAACAUCUAUUUCCCAGAUGAAAAGCUAAUUGUCCUGGACAAGACAACAGAUGGAUUAAAUUUAUUGCGUAAAAUUGGUGGACAAAAGAGAAAGACCUUGCAUAAUAAAGAAAAUCGGGUUCAUAUGUACUCAGAAAAAGUUGAGUAUAGCGAUAAUACAUUGAAACUUACUGGAUAUGUUCGAGGCAUACCAUUAAAUGUCAAUAACUUAGUUUACAUCCCAGAACUUGGAACUUUCCAAAUGUCACAAAUUGAUUCAGCUCUCGAUCCAAUGUCAGUUGAAGGAUGUUCAGCUCAAGUCUUGGCAAAAGCAAAUCCAGCAUUACAAUGUCCAUUAAUCUCUGAAAAUACACCAGACGAGAUGGAUGCAGAGCAAGCAUUCCCAAGUGAAGCUGAAAUUGCACAAUCAAUGGCUGAUAAUAAGGAACGAAAAUUAAUCAAACGAAUUCCAAAAGGUAUGAGUGACUAUCAAGCAUGUUGGGUACCUGAUAUCGAGGAAUUGGAUGAAAAUGAAGAUUAUAGCGAUGAUGAUGAGGAAGACAGUAAAAGUUUCAUGUCUUGUGACUCAAAUACUUCACUUCCAAAACAUGUUAAAAAUGAUGAUGAAAUGGAAGCCGAUGGUUCUGAUAACGAGGAAUAUGAGGAUGUAACAGACGAGCAGUCACAAGUGCCAAAUAAAGAGCAACAGUAUGAUGAUCAAAUGGAUCUUUAUGAAGAAUAUGAGACACAAGAAAAGUUAAAAGCACAGCGAUCUGAUGCAGCCUUUCCUGAUGAAAUGGAUACACCAGCAAAUGCGCCAGCAAGAACUCGAUUCCAAAAAUAUCGUGGAUUAGAAUCAUUCAGAACAUCACCAUGGGAUCCAAAAGAGAAUCUUCCAUACGAUUAUGCAAGGAUUUUCCAAUUUAAAGAUUUUGAUAGAAUUAAAAGGAGAAUCAUUAAGGAAGCUGCUAAUUGUGAUGGUGACGUAAUGUCUGGAAUGUAUGUAACAAUUCAUAUAAUGAACGUGUCUAAUGAGGCAUGGGAAAAUUAUAAAUCAACUCGUGGCACUGACAACAUCAUUCUCUAUGGAUUGUUGCCUCAUGAAAAUAAAAUGUCAUUACUGAAUGUUGUUUUGAAACGUUCGCCAAGCUCAACAAUACCAAUUAAGUCUAAAGAGCGUUUAAUAUUUCAAUGUGGCUUUCGUCGAUUUAUCGUAAAUCCGAUAUUCAGUCAACAUACGAAUGGAAAUAAGCAUAAAUAUGAGCGAUUUUUCCAACCUAAUUCAACUGUUGUUGCCUCAUUCUUUGCACCCAUACAAUUUCCACCAGCUCCCGUUCUCUGUUUCCGUGAAAAUCCAAAUGGAUCAUUGUCGCUUAUUGCUAGUGGAAGUUUAAUGUCAUGCAAUCCUGACCGAAUUGCUCUAAAACGUGUUGUAUUGAGUGGACAUCCAUUUAAAAUUCAUAAGAGAACUGCAACAAUUCGUUUCAUGUUCCAUAAUAAGGAUGAUGUUUCUUAUUUCAAACCAUGCAAGCUUCGUACUAAAUGUGGACGAAUUGGACAUAUUAAGGAAUCAUUAGGUACCCAUGGACAUAUGAAGUGCGUUUUUGAUGGACAAUUAAAGUCGUUUGACACGAUUUUCCUUCAACUUUACAAGAGAAUGUUCCCAAAAUGGACAUAUGAGGAAUAUAAGAGAAAUCCAGUAAAAUCUGAUGAUACUAAAAUGGAAUAACUAAAUGGGAUUUGUAAGUUAUGCUG